UUCAGCCAAAACAUGAAGUUCCACGUCAUCGCAUUGGCCUUUGUGGGCCUGGUCGCCGCCGAUGUCAGUCACCUGAAGUUGGGCCUGUCCGCCGAAGGAGGCUACGGAUUCUCCGCCACUUCCUCAUCAUCAUCCUCUUCUUCGGUAGUGGUGCCAGGCGGUGAUUCCAGCUCCUAUCAACCCGCUGAAUACACUCCCGCCCAUCUCAAGCAGGCCUCUUAUGGAGCUGUUGGAGCAGAAGUCAUUCCUGGAAGCGAUUCGAGUUCUUACCAACCCGCUGAAUACACUCCCGAGCACUUAAAAACCGCACAGGUUGUUCCAGGCGGUGAUUCCAGCUCCUACCAACCCGCUGAAUACACUCCCGCCCAUCUCAAGCAGGCCUCCUAUGGAGCUGUUGCAGCUGAAGUGGUUCCUGGUGGCGAUUCUAGCUCCUACCAACCCGCUGAAUACACUCCUGAGCACUUAAAAUCCGCUGAGAUUGUUCCUGGUGGCGAUUCUAGCUCUUACCAACCUGCUGAAUACACUCCCGAACACUUGAAGGCAGCUGAAGUUGUUCCUGGUGCCGAUUCGAGCUCCUACCAACCUGCUGAAUACACUCCCGCCCAUCUCAAGCAGGCCUCCUAUGGAGCUGUUGCAGCUGAAGUGGUGCCUGGUGGCGAUUCGAGCUCCUACCAACCCGCUGAAUACACUCCUGAGCACUUAAAAUCCGCUGAGAUUGUUCCUGGUGGCGAUUCUAGCUCUUACCAACCCACUGAAUACACUCCCGAACACUUGAAGGCAGCUGAAGUUGUUCCUGGUGCCGAUUCGAGCUCCUACCAACCUGCUGAAUACACUCCCACCCAUCUCAAGCAGGCCUCUUAUGGAGCUGUUGCAGCUGAAGUGGUUCCUGGUGGCGAUUCGAGCUCCUACCAACCCGCUGAAUACACUCCUGAGCACUUGAAAUCAGCUGAGAUUGUUCCUGGUGGCGAUUCUAGCUCCUACCAACCCGCUGAAUACACUCCAGAGCACUUGAAGAGCGUUGAGAUUGCUCCUGGUAGUGAUGCUAGUUCCUAUCAACCCGCUGAGUACACUCCUGUCCAUCUCAAGGCUGCAGAGGUUGUUCCUGGUGGCGAUUCCAGCUCCUACCAACCUGCUGAAUACACUUCCACACACCUUAAAGCUUCCGUGCCGGCGGCUAUUGGAGCUGAUACUUAUGCUCCAGUUCCUGCUGCUAUUGGUGCUGAUACCUACACGCCCGAGAAGUUUAUUCCGCAGGCCGAUCGUGAGGCCCACUACAGGUACAUUCAGCAACAGCAGACUGUAGUGCCUGGCGGAGAUUCCAGUUCCUAUCAGCCCGCUGCUACUGCUGUUGUUUCUGGUGGAGAUCAGUCCGCCGUGGUCCAGAGCAGCUACGUCCAGAGCCAGGCCAAGGCCGUCCUCCCCGGAUCGGGUGCCAGUAGCUACCAGUCCGCCCAGCUGAUCCCGUCCUACGUCCAGGGACAGGCCCCAGUCGUCUCAUCUGCCCAUCAGUACGAGGAGCCCGCUUCGAAUGGCAUCGAGGAGUUCAAUGUGGAGACCCAUGUGCCCGAGGCCAUCGGCGGCGACACCAUCGCCCCAGGUCACCUGGAGGCCAGCUACUCGACGAGUGGACAGGAGACCCAGUACGCCUCCAACGGCGGCUAUGUUUACUAAGCUAAUGCAUUAAGAGCCCCAGAGUCUAUUAUAAUUAAAUACA